ACGUCUUCACUCCCCUCCCUCUCACAAGAGAAAAAACACCAUUAACAAGAAAGCGAAAUCCCACUGGGAAAAAAACACUUCUUUUCAUCUCUGAAAACCAUCAAAUCUUCCAAGAAAGCUAUUUCUCAAACAGCAACAAACAAAAGGGGUUUACUUAUAGUAUUUGUUAUUUCUUCUUGAUAAUUGGUUUAUCUUUACCACAAAUAAUUAUUCAAUGGAGAAAAGACUUCGUUCAUCUCUCAAAUCCUCAGCCCAACAAUUCCUCAAUUCAACCUCAAACUUACCCUUCAAACAAAUCAAACCCUCUCUCAAAACCCUAAUCCAUCAAACCCUAAACCCUAAUUCUUCAUCAGAUCUCACAUCUACCCUCCCUUUAGCCCUCCACAACUCCAUCACACAAUCGAUACGUAAAUACAAAACCCUAACAAACCCUAACCCUAACUCACAAAACGACGUCGUUUUGUCAUUAUCUCCUCAAACCCCGCCAACGAAGCGACUACGUAGAUCUGGGAGAAACAAGAAGAAUAAUGAUGAAAAUGAAAGCGAAGACGCGAAGGAAUUAGUCGUUGAGGGUCUUCGCAUAUAUGUUUAUAUAUCGUUUUUAUGUGUUACACAUCCGAAAAGGGUGUUUAGGGAUGUUGAUUUAUUGCCCGGGGUUAGGGAAUUACAUGAUAAUUUGAUAUUAUUCGAGUGUGAUUGUGUUUUGUUAAGUGAAAUUGCUAAUUUAUGUGAGGAAUGGUGGAAGGAAGGGUAUUAUGGGAAAGAAACGUUGAUUUCGCAAGCGUUGCCGUUUUUGUUGUCGAGGGCGUUGACGUUGAAGAAGAAAGUGGAUGUUCAUAGGGUUUAUGUGUUGAGAGAGGCGUUCGCGUUGUUGGAUUUUGAGGAUGAGAGUAUUGAGGAUUUGAAGCAUUUGAUAAUGCGUUGCGUGAUUUCGCCUUUGUUUUUGAAGACGGAGGAUGGGAGGAAAUUUGUCGCGUUUACGUUUGGUUUGAGCGUGCAGGUUUUGAAAGAGGCGUUGGCUAUGCUUAAAUCGCAGAUUCCGUUUGGGCGUAAGUCGAUAUUGGAGGCGUUCGGGGAGAUUGUUUUUCGGGCGUGGAAGGUGGCCGAAGGGGUGGCGAAAGAUGAGAUUGAGAACGGAUUCUUGCAGGGGAUGAUUGAUAGUUGUAUACAUGCGGGUUCAUCGGUACUAGCUGUGUCGACUAGAAGGGUUUUAGGGGGUUUUAUUAAUCAGAGAACUACAGAGGGGGUUGAGAAGCUCAUUUUUCGUCUUGCUGAGCCUGUCAUUUUCCGGUCCUUGCAGGUUGCAAACUCAAAUGUCCGACAAAAUUCAUUGCACUUAUUGCUAGAUCUAUUCCCUCUUGAAGAUCCUGAUGCGACAAAGGAGGCGAAAGACACACUUCUUGAUAAACAAUUCUUUCUACUGGACAAGUUACUUGUGGAUGAGUGCCCCGAUGUGCGGGUUGUAGCAGUUGAAGGUUGUUGCCGCAUUCUUCAUUUGUUUUGGGAAAUUAUCCCUUCACCAACAAUCACAAAAACUCUUACCAAAAUCUUCGAACAUAUGAUACAUGACUCAUGCCCUGAAGUCAGGUUGUCAACAGUAAAUGCUGUGAUAUACCUACUUGGAAACCCCCAUUCUCACGACAUCCUUAAAGUGCUAUUACCAAGAAUGGGUCAUUUGAUUAAUGAUAUUUCUCCUCCAGUUCGUGCUGCAGUUGUAGAUCUCCUUCUCGCUUUAACGGAUUUAAGAAAAUUUCAGUUUCACAAGGUUGUGCAUAUAGACCUGUUGUUGUCUACACUUGCAAAUGACCAACCAAUGAUUGGUCAGAAAAUCACUAAGCUUCUCCUUCCUUCAUACUUCCCCUCAAAAGUAAACCUGAAAGAAGCAUGCAAUCGCUGUGUCACACUUAUGAAAAGGUCUCCGUUGGCUGGUGCAAGGUUCUGUGAAUUUGCCGUAUCAGAAGGAACCUCGCUGCAGUCAUGGAUGGAACUCUUAAAAAUUCUCAUCAGUUUGAUUGUAUCGCCUGGAAAGUUGGAGGCGGAGCAAAUUGAUGGUUCAAUUAUUGCAGUCUCCCACCUCUGUAUCUAUCUUGUGCAUGACGAGUCUUAUCAGACUAAACUUAAAGAGGAAUUGUCUGGUGAAAAACUGAAGCAUUUGUUUGCUGUUGCAACCUCAGCGUGUGCCCAGGCCUCUGUCUGUAACAUUAUUUCAAGUGUCUGUCCAGAUGCAGUGGAUGACCUUUUCGAUGAAUGCAUGACCUUGGUAACAAAUUGUGGAGGUUUAUCCAAUUCUUUAGAAAAGCAAGAUGAGGUGAGGUCUGUCCACAAGAUGAUGGUAUCUUGCCAUUGGUUGGACGAGAUGUUUGAAAAUCUAGCUAGGCUUCUGCAAAGAACUGCUUCUCAAUGCCACAAGAGAUUUGGAACAGAACUGGUAAAAUUCAGUGUUCCAUCAGCUAAACGGGGAAAUACUAAGUCCUCCAUCAAGCUCUCCUCUAAAUCAAAGCAGGCGAAGGAGAAAAAGAUGUCCAAUAAGGUUAAAUGUAGCUUCAAGGAAGAGUACGAAAUCACUGUAGGGGUGGCUUGGCAGAUAAAGGACCUCCUUUUAUCUGAAAGUACAAGGAAUGCUAUUCUACAGAGCGGAAGCUUAGAAACUAUAUUCCUUUCUUUGAAGGCUAUCUCUGAAGUUAGCAUUUUACAAUGUACACAAUGUGAAUAUAUGAGCGUGUCCCCAAUUUUGGCAUACACAGCUCUUGCUCUUCACAGGUCUUUUAAGGACAACAGCUUAGGUGGAGACAAAAAUGUCAAUAAGAGGAAGCGUAGAAUGGAAUCUGCAAAUGGAACAUUGGAGGAAACUGCAUUGGAAAUGACAAUUCAUCAUCUUCUUGGCUGCACAAAUAAGCUAUUCAGAGCACCAUUUAGUGAAAUAUCUGACCUCACCGGUAAGGGAUCUGAUUUUAAUGAACAACAGAGGAUAUUAAAUAAGGUCAAGAUGCUAACUGCAGUGCUGAAGUUCAUUGCUGAUGCUCAUACAAUGGAUCUUGUCCAUAAAAGCCAGGAGGAAUGCCUAUCCUUCACUCUGCAAAACAUAAAAUUUGUCAUCUCAAGUUUGAGGAGAAGUUCUGAUGAGGAGCUGCAAUUUACAGAAGACAUGUUGAAAGAGAUUUAUCUUUGUCUGAAGAGUUCCUUCACAUAUGCAGCCAAGUUGAUGAAUGUAGUGCUCAAGAGUUUCUCUGAGGGGUCACAACCCUUAUGGGGAGCUUUUGACAUUGCCAAUGAAUUGUUAAACCUCUACGUUUCCAUUGAAGAAUGUUUGGGCUAUGGAUAUGCUGUUCGUCUUUUUCCUGCAGUCAAACCAUGGGUUCCUGAUUUAAUUCUGGCAUUAGGAUCUGUAAACUUGAUGAAGCAGAGUAGUUCCUUCAGUCCAAAAGAUCUUCCAUUGUGGGUAUCCACAUUAGCGAGGACUGAGCUGGCUGAACAACAAGAUACAAGUUCUGAUGAGGAGCCUGAUAGAAUUUCUAAGACGGGGGACUUCAAAACAUUCAAGAAACUUGUGAACUUAAUGGUUCAGCUGUUGAGAGCUAACUAUAAUGUGCUGGAUGCAGUUGGACCGACUUUAUUGAACAAUUUGCUAGUUGGGCUGAAGAGAAAGAAUUUUGGUCUCGUGUUUGGGCUCCUGCAUUUUGUGUGUGUUAAGCUAGUCAAACAUGACGAAAGAGAGUGGAAGGACCUCACAUCAAUGUUGACAUCCCUCCAGCAAAUCUACCCUCAACUUGAGUUGGAAGAAGAAUCAUGUAAUGGUGAGAAUGCGAGACAGGAGUUACAGAGUGCAAGGGCAUUGAUUGAACCUGUUUGGAGAUCUUAUUUAUGUGAUGAUGCAAGGAAUUCCUUUGAAGAAGAGUAGGUUUCUUUCUCAUCUUAACAAUUUGUGGAAACAUCUUGCAACCCUGAGACACGGGAGCAGGAUAAAUGGACAGCAGUGGACACUAGCCAAGCUGAUAAAGGGAGAACUUGAUAGCUUUUGAACAGCAGUACAGAUAUCGGUGUUAAUCAACCGAAUAUAUGUAUAUAUGUUUUGUAUGGAUGUAUUUAAUUGGAAUGUGACAACACUAAAGCUAUCAGACUCCUUGCCUCUGCAAGUACGAACAUACUAACAUUGCAUUGCACCUCUUAAAGAUCGGAGAUGCAGGAUUCAUAUUCCACAUGAAGGGAGGGAAGAUGUGCAGACCAAUUAUCAUGUUGCUAAUGGGGGCAGUCAUAAAACCAGAUGGGCUGUAUUUUCUUUCAAGAUCCAAUGGGGCCUUUGAGCCAUUUAAUAGUCGCUGUUAAUGUAGAAUUUGCUCAUAUUAGGAGCUGUUAAAAUUUGAGUUUUACUUUUCCAGCAUAUGAAGGGCAAAAGGAGUAAAUGUAAUUAUUUGGGGAAAAGUCCAAAUUCUGCCUAUGAGUUGGAUGAAAUUGUUUAACUA